GCACGAAUACCCUUGUAUAUAACUCAUACUUACCGGUACAGUUGUGUAAACGUACUGAUGUUUAUGCAUCAGUGAAGCACCACGAAAAAAAUGAUUUUUUUUUGUUAGUGUAACUGCCUGUUUGAAAGGGAAAUUAAAAUGACUUACUUUCCUAAACUAUUAACUAUUUGUAUCUUAGCAUGCAUACUCGGUGCUACAACGUUCUUUUAUGUAAAGAAAAGUGUAUACAUCUUUGACACAAAUUAUUUCAAAAUUAAUUCUGUGUCAAGAGCAGCACUAAAAGAAACCGGAAGCAAACAAUGCAAGAAUUGUUCAGAAGGUGUUCCUAAUCUUAUCAUACAGUACGGAGUUGGAAGAACAGCGACAACCCUUCAGUUCCAAAUAUUGUGCUUGAUGAUGGCUUUCCUACAUGAAGAUGAAAUAAACGAUGUUGGGUGUUAUUACAACCGGAGAAACCUAGUAAAAAAGUACAAUGUUAUCAAAUGCCAUGAUAUCUCCUGGUAUCUGACAGUCAAAUGGUCUAAAUGGGUAUUCAUGACAUCAAAUCAUGCAUUGUUGUCCCGGCGAUUAAACUAUAUGAGAGGAAAAAUAAAAGAUAAAAAUACUACGAUUCCGUUUAUUGCUGAUAUUGAUUUGGUCUCGAGAAGAGGUCACUACAUCGUCCAUGAAUAUCAACGUUUCUUUGGGAUAUCCGAUGAAAAAAUGCAGCAUAUCGUUGAAUAUUUGCGCUACUGGGAUGUACUUCGGGUAUGUUGUGGCAUGCAGAUGUCUGCAGAUUGGCGAAAUCACCUGGCACCAAAAGCAAAAUACAAACAACAUCAUAGUUACCAUAGCCCAACGUAUCCUGCAUGCGAAAUGUACAAUAUAAGUCAAGUCGAACAUCUACUUGUAAACACAUAUGUGUUCAAGAAACUGUCUCAUAUAGGUUCACUUCGGGACGUCAUCGGAAAGACGUCAACAGUUGACGGUAUCUUGAACGGAAGCUAUUGUGAACGGUGUAACACAAAUAUUUCUAAAAUGCAUCUAAAAUUCAAUCAGAACUGCGCAUGAAAAUAUGCCUUUACAAAUUGGCGCAUUUUAGAGGAGAUGUUAAGAAGAGAUUUCAUGACUUAUGCUAAUGUUAUCUGGUUAUUGUUUAUGCCACAUGAAAAUAUAUUGAUCAAUAGUUUAAAGUUUUUGCCUUUGUGAAAACUUAAUAAUAUGAGCCGUGCCAUGAGAAAACCAACAUAGUGGCUUUGCGACUAGCACGGAUCCAUUCUG